ACAGACACAAAACGGCGGCGGCUGGUGGGAGCAGGAGUGCAGAUGCGGCGACCGGGGGUGUUGUGGUUUUGCCUCUGCCGAAUGUCGGCCUUUAUUCGUCAAGAGACGACAAGACAUCCGUGAGCCAGUACUUUCCCUUUAAUGCACAAACGACGCAGCGGGACAAGACGACAUUUAAAAAAAAGGGAAAGGAGGAAGGACAGCGAGGGAGGGAGGGAGAGGAAAAAAAGAGAAAAGAUGUCACCCCGUCCAUUCAAACACCGAGGCGGAGCCAGGGACGGCGGCCGAUCGGCAGCGUCCUAGUCGGGGGAGGAGCACUACGGGAGGCCGAGGCUUGGAUCCCGCGCAAAGGCCUCAUCCGGAGCUAUCGCGAAUAAAUGUUUGCCAGCGUUUCCAUCAUUUGUGAUCAUCUUCAUCUUCCUCAUCAUCACUUCGUCGCUACUUUGCAUGCAACAUUUUAGGACAGUAGACAUACACAAAUUGCACAAAAGGUACAAUUGGAGCUGGAAAGACAGCCUGCGUUUUUUUUGCGCAUCUAAAUGCAUCUGGUUUGCGGCAAAAUAGUCCUGAAGGAACAGGAAGUGCGAUUUUGGCAAACGCCGUCCAGUGGUGCACGAUUGUUUUGACAAUCUGUCAUUUUUGAGCGACUGAGCAGCGAGCGUGCGUUUGUUGGUUUGCUCCCCGGCCGACGGAGCCUCCAGGCGGCCUGCCGCUUGCUGACUGGCCGCUGAGCAGCAUGGACACUUCGUGGAGCAAUUUCCUCUUUCAGACGACGUCAACUCCAGGCCAGCAGGAGGCGCCCCUGCAGGCGGAGCUCCUCCCCGAGCUGAGCGGCUCCGCCCAAAGUCCGUUGGCCGAGCACCUGGUGGCGCCGCCGUCCACCGUGGACACGGCCGCUCUCAGCGAGGAGCCACUUCCUGUGAAAACCGCGCCGCCCAAAGCGCCGCGCCCCGCCCACAUCUGCGCCACUUGUAACAAGGAGUUCAAGAACAGCUACAACCUGCGGCGCCAUCAGUCGGUGCACACGGGCAUCAAGAUGAAGGAUCGCGCUGCCCGUGACAAGGAUGAGGCUGCCAAAGCGCCCCCCAAGCAGAGCAUCCCCCUCUCGCUCCUUCAGCUCGCCCUGCCAACGGAGCCCACCGCUCCCGAUGCCUCGGACGCCCUCCCUCGACCGGGCCAGCAGGUGACAGUGUCUGUCGCCCCGGUGACUGUCGCCAUGGCGAUGCAGCCGCCACCACAGCCCAUCCCGUCGACGGCGCUGCUGGUGGUGGGAGCUGCCGCUGAGCAGAAUCCCAGACCGGCCGCCGCACCCGCCAAUUCCGGCGUCACCGCCAACCAAGUGCGAAAGAACCACGCGUGCGAAGCUUGCGGCAAGGCCUUCCGCGACGUCUACCACCUGAACCGCCACCGGCUGUCGCACUCGGACGAGAAGCCAUACUCGUGUCCGGUCUGCCAACAGCGCUUCAAGAGGAAAGACCGCAUGAGCUACCACGUGCGCUCGCACCAAGGCGGCGUGGAGAAGCCUUACGUUUGCCCGCACUGCGCCAAGGCCUUCUCGCGGCCGGACCACCUCAACAGUCAUGUGCGUCAGGUGCAUUCCACCGAGAGACCCUUCAAGUGCACGACGUGCACAUCCGCGUUCGCCACGCGGGACCGCCUGCGGGCGCACCUGAUUCGCCACGAGGAGAAGGUGCCUUGUCACAUUUGCGGGAAGCUCCUGUCGGCGGCGUACAUCACCGACCACAUGAGAGUUCACAACCAAUCGCAACACCAUUCCUGCCACCUUUGCAACCGCAGCUUUACCACGCUGACGUACUUGCGGGUCCACGCGCAGAAGCACCACGGCCAGGAGUGGAAGGAGAGCGGUGGCGGCUUCGGCGGCGCGGGGCCCGGCGGGGUGCUGCUGUGCCAACUGUGCGGCGUGCAGUGCAAGACCACCACCCAGCUGCAGGGCCACAUGGGCACGCACGCCAGCCAGGCCGAGCCUGACCCGGCCGGCCCGGCGGGCGAUGCCCCACCCGACGGGGGCGGCGCCGUGGGCCUGCUGGUGACUGACUGCUCCAGCAUCAGCGCGCAGACGCACAGCUAGCACACGCGGGGCGGCUUUUGAGGAACUCUUAUAUCACGAUGACAUCUCCAUGAUGUCAUCAUAACAAACUGUUGGGAACUUGGAAGUCUGAGUGCCAUGAGGCCAAGAACUCUUUGAGAGCCUUGAGAAUCAGGAUUAUUAUACUAUAAUAUUUGAGUCAACACUAAUGCAGCAAGGCACUACACAAAGCUCGUCAACUCACUUCAACAUUGUUGCCCGGCAACAAGAUGCUGUCAACUUCAUUGUUCCUUGGGACCAAGAUGUCUUGGCCUCAUUGUGCU